CCUGCAAUCGAUUAUGCAGACUACUCUGCUGGUGCUGCCCUUGGUGGUGACUGGUCUAGUAGCCAAAUCCCCGAGGCCCAGUGGACUGGAGAUGCUGCACCUUCUGGUCCAGUAGUUGCUAGUGGUUGGUCUGGUGAAGGAGUGGCUGAAGGAGGAGGCUGGGAUACUGCAGCUGCACCUGUUCCAGUUCCUGUGCCAGAUGCCGCCCCUACUGCUGGCGCCACAGGCUGGGAAUGAACCUGUUUCCUUUAGGAAACUCUUCUUCCCUUCUGGAUAAAGAGUAGACAUCGUGUGUUCUACAAUAGUUUUGUUCAUGGCAUAGUUAAAGGAUUUUGACUCUUGUGGAUCUACUGAAUUGUUUAGUCAUUGCUAGCACGGUUUUUUUUAGAGAAUUUCAAAGUGGUUUUGUUAUCAAGAGGUGGAAGCUGUCCAAUUUAUUAUUACUGCCUUAUUCCAAAAUGGAUAACCAAAUUCUCUUUAGGAGGGUUUACUUUAUCAA